AGGAUUUCAAUUAACAAAUUUGACUGAAAGGACUAAGUAAGGGAAUUUUAAUAAAUAAUGAGAAAGAUCAAAUUAGUUAGCGGCGAUAACAAGGCAAGCAUGAAUUUGUUAAUGGCCUGUAAAAGGGAGAAGAAGAGGAGCUUUCUCAUAAUGUGGAGGAAGCCACCCAUAUUUGUCACAGGCGGUUAGAGAAGUGUAGGGGUUCUGUUCUAACAGUCUCCCAACCUUCAAACUGCCUCCCUUUCUUUCUCUCUCUUCACCCACCGUCUUUCCGCAGCUAAAAGUAGAGAAGACAGACAAAAAAGAGAUACGUUCAUGUUCAUGAUGAUGAUAGUGAUGACGACGAUAGCUCCUCUCUGGUGACGCUUAAAGGCUGCCACGUUGGCUGCUUGACCCGAGUUGUCUCUCUGUUUCUUGAUCUUCCUUGGCUUUAAGGGCUCAGAGGACCUCUCCCUCUCUUAGGAUGGAGCUCUGGAAUCUUUGAAGGAAGAGGUUUCAAAGGUCGGAAAUUUGUCACUCCCUCCUUCUUUCUCUGUCAUGUUACGCAUGUUGGAGAAAGAAGGAGCAGAUGCAUGAAACGACAUUGGAGUGAGGAGGAAAAGAACGGAGGAACUGAGGUGAACUGAUGUUGGUCUGAGGGGAACACCUUUAAGAAUGAUGGCCGGAGGAGGAGAAACUGACGGUGGUGGCGACCCGGUGGGAGCUUUGGGAGGAGGAGCCGGACCUACCUCACCAGCAGCCUCAAAACCUCCAACAACACCCAUGAACUCCUCUUCGUCUUCCAGCCCUCGCAAUCUAUUCUCCUCGUUCACCACGGAUGGCAUCGGGGCGACGUCCUUCCUGCCCUCCUUCUCCCCUGGCGAGACGGACACAGGAGGAGCGGAGGCCGUUCAGGAAGGCAGCGGUGGUGGUGGUGGCUGUGAAGAGAAGGGUGGCCUUAGUGGUGACGGUGGUGGUGACGGCCAGGUGGUUGGUGGAGGUGGCUUAUCUGGGCGGAAAUCGCCGGAUGGCGGGAGGAGCAUAGCAGAGAGGAGGGCCACUAGCGGGUUCAAUGCAGGGAGGCUAAACACGGCGAGGUUCCGGACGUUGAGCCCCCUGUCAUCUCCGGUGGUUCGGUCGCCGUACCUGACAAUUCCUCCGGGGCUUAGCCCGACCGCGUUGCUCGAUUCUCCUGUCAUGCUUUCCAAUUCUCUGGGGCAACCAUCUCCAACAACUGGAACCUUUCCUGGUCCACCAUUUAUGGAUCAGAGUCCAAUUUCAGUUCUUACAUCCGAUGCAACUAAAGAUGAGCUAAUUGAAGACUUCAAUGCUUCUUCACUAUUAGCUUUCAAGCAUCAAUCAGAUUCCAGAAACACAAGUGCAGACCAUCUUGGAAAUCAGGUUUCUUCAACUUCUGAAAUUCAGCAAUAUGUAGGGAUGGAAACCGUGCAGAGCCAAACUCAGUUUCAGAUGCAACUUCUUGUUAAUGCUAGUGGUGAUGCAGAAUGUGCAAAUAAAGUAACUAGUAGUGAAGCUCUAGUCAUUCAGGAGACCUCUACCAACAGUAUGGAGAAGGCUAAUUCCGUUAAUUUGCAAAGUCCACCACUUAGUGUAUGUUAUGAGGAAGCUUCUCAACCUGCUGGGCAGAGGAAUGUAAAGGACUCUGGUCCUCAACUGCUUGCGGAUGGGGACCCAAAAGAUCUGUUUUCUCCUGCAGGAAUGGGAAAGCCUGCAGAAGAUGGAUAUAAUUGGCGAAAGUAUGGGCAGAAACAGGUGAAAGGCAGUGAGUAUCCUCGUAGCUAUUACAAGUGUACUCAGCCAAAUUGUCAGGUGAAGAAAAAGGUUGAACGUUCCCAUGAUGGUCAGAUUACAGAAAUCAUUUACAAGGGCACUCAUAACCAUCCAAAACCUCAGCCAAAUCGUCGUUGUGCAAUCGGAUCAGCUUUUGCACUUGAUGAGAUGUUAGAAAGGCCUGAAAAUACUAGUUCACUUGUCAAUGUUGAAGGGAGCUCCUUAUGGGGAAACCUUCAGCAGCAUGGAGCCCUCAAGGAUAAACCUUCUACAGAUUGGAGGGGUGAUGGUCCUGAGAGGACAUCUUCUACAUCUGGUGUCACUGAUAUUUCUGAUCCAUCUUCAACUGUUCAAGGAAAACACCUAUAUCAUCAUGAGUCUGCUGAUACCCCAGAGCUUUCAUCUACAAUAGCUACUGAUGAUGAAUGUGAAGAUGAUGAAGAUGAUGGGGCCACACAAGUAAGCAUAUCUCUUGCGGAUGAUGCUGAUGAGAUUGAGAAUGAAUCAAAACGGAGAAAAAUAGAGAGUUCUGCCAUCGAAGCAAGCCUAUCAUCUAGAGCUGUUCGUGAACCAAGAGUGGUUGUUCAAACUACCAGCGAAGUUGAUGUGCUAGAUGAUGGAUACCGUUGGCGCAAGUAUGGCCAAAAGGUGGUGAAAGGAAACCCAAAUCCAAGGAGCUACUACAAGUGCACAAAUGCUGGAUGCUCUGUCAGAAAGCAUGUGGAGAGAGCGUCCCAUGAUCUCAAGUCUGUGAUUACCACGUAUGAAGGCAAACAUAAUCAUGAGGUUCCUGCUGCAAGAAACAGCAACAACGGAAACACUGGAUCUGGGAAUAUAGGCCCUUCUGGACUGGCUACUCAACCAUCAUUGGCACUCCCUACAGCUGCCACCAUUGCUAAGCCAGAACCAAUGUUUGACGAUAUUUCACCUUGCUUUGAAUCUAAUGACUAUCUCAGAGCAGCAUCUUAUCUAAGAAGCCUCACCAGUGAUACUAAGGUCAGAGUUUCCCCUGGCUAUGACAUGAAACUGCCUCCAUCGCCAGCUAUGCCUUUGACUUCCUUUGGUAUGAAUGCUGGUCAUCUGGAGGCACAUCCACUGGCUUCCUUUUCUCAGAUAGGAUCAACUUUUCCAGGGCCAACCCCAAUGAGCAUACAGAGGUCAGCAAACCCAGCAGCAGCCUCCGGCCUGCUUUUCAACCCAGGUAAAGUAAUGGGUCCAAUGCAGCCGUAUCUUGGUCAGCAGCAUAGUGAGGGAAGGGGUAUAAGGAUUGUUAGGCCAAAGGAAGAGCAGAAGGAUGACUCCUACGAGAGCAGGUUGGUUAUAGGCCAUAUUCCAAAUGCUCCAUCGUUGUACAAUCAGAUGACGGGAAGGUUUCCAUUGUAGAUAUUAUCGUUUGCUGCUAUCUUUGCCCCUCAACAGACAGCUUUACCUUUUUUCUUAAAUUUUCACCUCUAUAUUUUCUUAGUUGUUCGCAUUUUUUUUUUGUGUUAUAGGUCAUUAUCCUUUAUUCCUGUUGAUAUAUCUGGCACAUUCGAUGUUUCCCAAUUCAUUUUACUCGUCAUGAUUUGCUUAUUACUUUUUUGGUACUGAAGAUGCCUCAAAUUUGUUA